UAUUUGUUGUAAUUUGUAGGUUUUAACGAGCCACCAUGACAACCACCUAUUUGCUCUUUUAUGGAAAAGAAUUCAGUAGGUAGAAAUGUCUUUGAGGACUCUGUGGAGAUUUUACCAUCCUCUUGAGAGGAGAGGUGUGUGUAGACUGGUUCCCAGGAAUGUAGAAGGCACAGUCACUUCUUCAUCUAAUAGACCCGCUUGUCUCCCGUGGAAGCAGUCGCCAUCCAGUGCCUCGGCAGAUGACUUUAACAUAACUUACAAGAACCAAACCGAUGUACAAGCCCAGAGCCACGGUUGUGGUUCAAAACUACCAAGAGAUGCACUACAGGGACCAUGUGCUUUUCAGACUAAAACCUCAGCUGUCUUAAAGGCAUUACCUACCAUAUGGAAUACACAUUUGAGAUUCCAGUCAACCACAACAGCCACCAAAUCCGUGCUGAAACAAGGUGGACUGCCAAGUAAACGGACCUUAAAGGGACCAAGGACGAAACAGCCAUCCAGAGUCAAUAUACCUGUUCAGGAUGAGGAUAAGGAUAUGAUGCAGUGCAUUGCCUACGCGACAGCAGAUCAGUACCAUUUACCCACUCUUUGCCAUGACCUAAUCGCCAAUGGCUUCUAUGAAAUCAAAGAUUUACCCAGAGAUGCUGCCAAUGUUCUAGUGAUUGGAACAGAGAUGGCUUCAAAGCCUAAUGACACAGCUAUGAUGUUUUUCUUCAGGGAAGGUUCAGUAGUUUUCUGGAAUGUUGAAGAGAAAACAAUUAAGAAGGUGAUGAGAAUAUUAGAGCACCAUGAAAUUCAACCCUAUGAAGUGGCCUUGGUCCACUGGGAAAAUGAGGAGAUCAAUUAUACAGUUGGAGAGGGACAUUCAAAACUACAAAGUGGGAACUUCAUAUUUAGCAGUGAGGUGGAAUAUGAGCAAGUGGUUCUUGAGAAAUUUGCAUUUUCCAAUGCUCUCUCGCUAUCAGUCAAGCUGGCGAUAUGGGAGGUUUCCCUUGACAACUUUGUUGAAUCUAUUCAGUCAAUACCUGAGAUGUUGAAAUCUGGACAGAGGGUUAAACUGUCCAGAGCUGAGGUCAUGCAGAAAAUUGGAGAGCUCUUUGCUCUAAGGCACUGUAUUAACCUUAGUUCUGACUUGCUCAUUACGCCGGAUUUCUACUGGGACCGAGAGAACCUAGAACAACUCUAUGACAAAACCUGCCAGUUCCUCAACAUUAACCGGAGGGUCAAGGUAGUGAAUGAGAAGCUUCAGCACUGCACUGAAUUGACAGACCUGAUGAGAAACCACCUCAGUGAGAAACACAGCCUCCGACUUGAGUGGAUGAUCGUCAUCCUCAUUACCAUUGAGGUGAUGUUUGAACUUGCAAGGGUGAUCUUCUGAGUAUCAAGUGCUGUAUCAGUCUUAGAGCGCAAUCUGCACAAUUUCCUGAGAUAAUAUUUAUCAAAGAUAUCUCACU